AUGCCGUCAUCGUCCUUUUAUCAGGCGAAACGAAUGCAUGGGGUUUGCAAGGGAUCGCUGUACCGUCAAAUUGAAAAACGUCCCGGUGUGGCGUCUUCCUCAUCUUCCAAAGUCUUGUCCUUUGCCAUCCUCUUUGGCGUCCAACUGGUCUGUUACGAUUCCAAACAAGCCUAUGACGAUGGUGAUCGUCCCAUGACCAUGUAUCUUGUGGUGGCACUAUCAUCGUCUGGAAAUGACGCCUUUCGGCUGGUGACUCAUCAAGGGACCCAUUUGCUAUGUAGAGCCAUGACCAAUCAAUGUCGGGAAGUCUGGUUGUCGGCCAUUACAGCUGGACUGGAACGAUCCUUGGCAGAGGGCCAAAACACUGUCGAAAUGGAAACCUUUAGCAAGGUCAAACCGCGAUCGCAUAACAAGCGAAAUUUGAAACACCAACCCUAUUGCCAUUCCUGCGGAAAGAUGGAACGACUCGAAUUUCAACUCAUCAAGGAAGGGACACCCAUAUUGCAAUAUGGCGAAGAAGAGCGGGUCGAUAUUAGUGAGAAUUGUUUUGUGGCACAAGGCGUCGUUGAUCAUGUCAGCUUUGUCCGGGAAAUGUACCGCUACCAAGAAUUGGAUCAAUACGCCAUUCAACAGGCCCGAUACAUGGUCUUGAAAAAGUUGAAACCCGAAUUGGAAAUUGAUCAUGACAAUCCCAAACCACUUACCAGCCAGUUGCAACUAACCAAAACAUCCCCCAGCGAAGUGGCCCAAUUGUUCAUUCGUCCCGAUUUCAAGGCGCUUCAACGGGCGUCAUCGACUUUGCACGAUUUAGCGACGGAAUUUGAACAGGGGAUCAUUGGUGUGCUGGAACUCUUGGAGCUCAUGGAACAAUCCUUGGGAAUUCGUGACAAGGAAAUGGCUGCCCUCAAAAAACAAGCUUUUCGAAUGGCGGGAGACAUGGGGACAUCCCUCAAAAUGUUGGCCGAACAGGCAUUGCCGACGGAGCAAUACACGUCUACCGAAUUGCUUCAAUGCAUUUUGGACUUUUUGCUAGAUUUGUGCGACGAUGGAGAGAUUCAAACCAUUGCGUUCUAUUGGCCUCAGCUUUGUAAUAUUCACUUGCAAAUGCUUCCACCAACGGAUGUUGCGUCCCUCCAACGCAUUGAAUUGAUGGAAGACUUUUUGUUGACCAUGGCGGCCAAACACAGUGUCCAUUUGGCCAUUGAAUUGAUUUGGAGUCACACGGCCGACUUGGAGGAUGCCAAGACACUCAAGUACUGUCGGAAUCGCAAAUUUGCCGUGAUUCGAUUCUUGUGCGAAUUGGAAAGCAUGCUCUUUGACUUUGAAUCGGGCUGGGGUGGUGGCAGUGUCACAGUGGGUGGUUAUCUCAAUCCAACCAAACACCAAAUUAUGCUACUGAAAAACUGGAUGGCGGAAAUACAAAAGUAUCGCUUGACGCAAACCGAAGUUCUUUCCAGAUCUUGUCGGUUGGACAAGCUGCGCGGACGUCAAUCGAUGGACGAAGCCAAGGUGGGACCGGAAAAGCUAGCCGAAGAGGCACUCCGGAUUGCUAGGAAUGCGGAUUAUUUGUCAAGUCACAUGGCCUUUACCAAACGAUUAUGCGACAUUGCUGAAAAGUUAUUUCAUCAGCCAGUGCCAGAACGAGCGGCAAUGUUGCAAAAUGAACUCUUUCGAUUGAAUUCGUCAGGUGCCAUGGGUGGGGAUCCCUUGAAUACAGUUAAAGAAUCGCAUACACGGGUAGUACGAAUUCCUCCUACAGAAGGUCACGUCUUUCGAAGUAAGGAGCGAACGCCAGUGCUAUUGUUGGUCGAGGUGAAUGACGAAGGUGUGACAGAAAGCGCAGUGGAUACACUGAAUCAACAAUUCAAGAGUGAAAAGCUAAAACAGGAAAAACGAAAUCAACAAGAGGACGAGAACCAUUUGAAAGAAGUGAACGCAAAUGGAGGAGAACCCACGGCGGCGGCAAGUUCGGAGUCAGGCGAAAAUGAUGACUCGGCCGAUGUAGAACAACAGUCGGAAAUUCAACCCCAAUCCGAGUCUGCCAGCGAACCAGUGAAAGGCGCAAGCGCACCUCAGGAAGCAGCUACAGCUGUCACAGAUGUGCCAUUGGCACCGGAAUCUCCCCAUCCCUCAAUACUGUCAUCACCCAUACCAAACACUCCAGGUGGUACUUUGGUGGAAGACCCUGGAAGCACGGAAGGACUGCAUCAUGAGCCAGAACAGCGUCACGCAUUACGCAGAUUUGAUGGCAAGAAUGGAGCAGCGAGAAUUCUUACACCGACAGCUGAAAAGGAAAUGGUCGAAGGGCUUGUAACCCAAGCAGUUGUCAACAAAUUGAUUAUCCCAUCCUUGGCGGAUGGCAAGGAAGACGAGGCCGAGAUGAAUGGCAGUGAAGGCAUGAAUGGCAAUGGCGAGGACAGAUCCCUAGCACCUGCCUUGAAGAGAAUCUCUUCCAUGGGCAACGCAACCAGCCCGCGAGAGCAAGACUUGAGACGGGAAGUAUUGAAUUCCAUCAUGAUGAAAGGCAUGUCGAAGAGUAAUACAAUUGCUGCUGGGGCUACUGGUGCAGUCCAGCGUCACUUGCAGCAAUUGGAUCAAAGGCUUGCCGUCGAAUUGUUAAUGACUGGAGAUGCGCCAAUUAGCUCAUCGUCAGACAGUGCGCGUCACGAGCUUUUGUCAUUGGGAAUUUCGUCGGUAGCACAAGAUGAACAGCCCGAGCUCACUGCCGAAGCCAAGGAGGAAAAUGACACUAUGGAAGCUAUCCGUUUGCUUCUGAUCCAAUAUCACGUAGCGCAAGGAACCUUGAGUAUGCAAGAUGCCGCGAAGGCAUUGACUCCCAAUAUGCGACGCAAAGGUGAUUUGGGCACUCGAACCUUUAUGGGACGGGAAUUUCCAGAGAUCGAUGCUGGUGACAUUGACCAACGACUUGUCGGUUGUGGUGUUUUGCCGCCCGCCGUUUUGCAGGCCCUGUCGCUCUGGAAGGGUGGUAUGAUUACAAAUGGCGAACUCUUGGAACUAGUGAAGAAAGAUUUGGAAUACGUCAAGGUGUCGGAGGAGAGUCAACAAAUUUUGAACGAAGAUUCCGCCUUUUGGCAAAGAUUUGCCUUUGGUGAACGAUGGGCCGAGAAGCGCUCCCGUAUUGCCGCAAACAGUCAUGAAGCAGCGAAGCCUGGAUACGAUCUCAUUGGUGUAAUUGUAAAGUCCAACGAUGAUUUGCGCCAAGAAGCCUUUGUGAUGCAGCUCAUUGAGCUGUGCAAGGAAGCCUUUCACGAAGCUGGAUUGGACCUUUGGCUUCUACCGUAUCGCAUUCUGCCAACCGGAAGAACUACUGGGGUUAUUGAAAUGGUGCGAAAUGCCAUGUCCUUUGACGCUUUGAAGAAGCGACCUGGCUACGGCAAAGGUGGUCUAAAGGAGCAUCUUAGAAGAAUGUCACAAUUCGCAGCUGAUCCUGGUGAAGCUUUCAAAUCCUUCCAAAACAAUUUUGUGAAGAGUCUUGCUGCCUAUUCACUUUUGUCGUACCUCUUUCUGUUCAAGGAUCGACACAAUGGAAAUCUUUUGCUGGAUACGGUUGGUCAUGUGAUUCAUAUUGAUUUUGGAUUUGUUUUCGGAAUUGCACCUGGUGGUAACUUCAGUUUGGAAUUGAACACGCCCUUCAAGCUAACAGAAGAAAUGAUUGAUGUCAUGGACGGAGUCCGAUCAUCCUUGUUUUCUGAGUUUGUGACACUAUUUUGCUGUGGCUUCCUUGCGCUGCAAGCUCACACCAACACAUUUGUGACGCUUCUCGAAAUCACAUCCAAGGGUAGCACCUUCCAUGCCUUUGAAGGCAAGAACUGCGACGAGAUUAUUGCCAAAUUCAAACAACGACUGUGUGCUGGCAAAAACAAGGAGGAAACUAUUUCCACCAUUUUGGACGUAAUCAAAGAAGCCACUUCGUCAUACGGAACGAAGCAGUACGACUACUUCCAGUACAUGUCACAAGGCAUUGCUCAAUAA